AUCUUCAAGUCGAAAAAGUCGAAGCUCUAGAAAAGAUCCCCGAGCUUCCGAGUUGGAUGACAGUUCAAAUCGAUUUUUUUUCUCCCAGUCGGAGAUACCCCCCCGAGUUCCCAGUUGUCGUGAACGCACUGAAGUCGGAAGUCUGAGAUUUCCGAGUUCCAAAUUCCUAGUUGUUAUGAACGCGGCAUUAGUCUUGUCUAGGGGCUGGGUUUCUGUAUUUUAUCUAAAGAACAAAUCCGUUGAACGCAAAUAUGGAGAGAUAAAGACAUUUAAAAGAAACGGAAGAAGUAUGCCUAUAUUACCAUAAGAUUUUUAAAAUGGCAAUACGGGAACUAAAAGUGUGUCUUCUUGGGGAUACUGGAGUGGGCAAGUCAAGUAUUGUAUGUCGUUUUGUACAAGACCAUUUCGACCACAACAUUAGUCCAACUAUAGGGGCAUCGUUUUUAACCAAGACGGUCCCGUGUGGACACGAACUACACAAGUUCCUCAUCUGGGACACAGCGGGACAGGAAAGGUUCCACUCGCUGGCCCCCAUGUACUACAGAGGCUCUGCCGCAGCUGUCAUUGUCUAUGACAUCACCAAACUGGACUCUUUCCAGACACUGAAGAAAUGGGUGAAGGAGCUGAAAGAACAUGGUCCGGAGGACAUCGUUGUGGCCAUCGCAGGGAACAAAAACGACUUGGGGGACAUCCGGGAAGUUCCUAUGAAAGAAGCUAAGGACUUUGCUGAGUCCAUCGCAGCUAUUUUCAUGGAGACCAGCGCCAGAAACGCUGUCAAUGUGGAGGAGCUCUUUCAAAAGAUCAGUAAACAGAUUCCGCCCCUGGAGAAUCCAGACUUAGACAGUAACGAGUCCUUCAAGAUAAUCCGGCAGCCUCCUCCCUCUAACAAACGCUGCUGCUAGUAAGACCCCUUUCUGAGUCCCGAAUAGACCCCUACCACCCUACCACCCUACGCCCUACCACCCUACGCCCUACCACCCUACCCCCUACCACCCUACCCCCUACCACCCUACGCCCUAGGUAUUUCAUGUUGAUCUCAAUGGGAUUGGACUGGUGUAGUAUGGUCGAAUAUGGUGGUAACUAUACCUGUCUUAUCUCAAGGAAAGGUGGCGGUAUUAUCACAUUGUUUACACCUAUCCUAUAUUUUCAGAUCAGUAUGAAGUUGCUAGGCCCUAGGGGGUAAGGGGCAAUGGGGUCGGUUUGGAAUUCAGCAUCCGAUUGCCAGUGAGAUUAUCACGGUCUUUGUUUCCAUGGGAUCAAGUCUACACAUCCAUCCAUUGUUUCCCUUCCAUACACAGUUCCAUGGGAUCAAGUCUACACAUCCAUCCAUCUUGACACACGGGUUACAAUGUAGCGUUGGUGUACGCAACAGCCUGUAUAGUUCAGCAUCCGAUUGCCCCUUUCGACAGUCCACAAUGCAUAUACAGUACAUGGGUCUCACGGGUCUCACGGGUCUCACGGAGAGAGGAGGACAACAUGGCUUUGUGGUCGAUCAGAACCUCUCUCCCCUAUAGGGAAGUCCCAAGUCCAGUGUCCCAAGUCCAGAAACCGCCCCUAUAACCCAUAUAAAGCCAUAUUCUACCUAUUCUACCUACCAGAUAUAUCCAGAAUGCAUCACACCCGGGCCGCGAUUGGGAGUCCCCUAGGGCGGGGCACAAUUGGCCUCAGCGUUGUCCGGGUUUGGCCCGGUGUUAGGCCCGUCAUUGUAAAUAAGAAUUUUGUUCUUAACUGACUUGCCUAGGUAAAUAAAGGUUACAUUUCAAAUAUACUCCUGUGCCUUGGUACGGUGUGCUGUAGGUGUCAUUUCUGGAUAUAGAGAGGAACCAGUGUUUUUUUGUUGUUGAUGUAAACAUGUUAAUAAAUUGAAGGAAUAGUAUGGUACAUAGUGGGCUAUGUUUUCAGUUCAUAGGCAGCAGCACAGAACAAACAAUUUCAUCCUUUUAAAGAAAUAGAAUAAAAAAAUAAGAAAAUCUCAAUUUAAAAUUGAGAAUAUAUAUAUUUUUUUCUUUUAACAUUUAUUUAACUAGGCAAGUCAGUUAAGAAAAAAAUGUAUUAUGUACAAUGACGGCCUACCUGAAAUUAAAAAAAUAUGUUAAUUAAAAUAACCUGUGACUUGAGAGUACUUUCUGAAGACGAUUAUGAUGUUCGAUAUAGAGCUUAUGAAUUCUCAUUCCCGAACAAUGCAGUCAACAGAUGUGUUGAUCCAUUGAUUGUAUCGUUUCACCGUUGUCCCAGUAUUACAAUGAUAGGAGUUAAUAUGAAUUUGGUCUCGCCGACCGUCGUUGUCUUUUUCCCCCCACAUUGAACUCUUGUAAAUUCAGGAGAGAAAAAAAAAGAAACGUCCCUUUUUCAGGACCCUGUCUUUCAAAGAUAAUUAGUAAAAAAUCCAAAUAACUUCACAGAUCUUCAUUGUAAAGGGUUUAAAACACUGUUUCCCUGCUUGUUCAAUGAACCAUAAACAAUUAAUGAACAUGCACCUGUGGAGCGGUCGUUAAGACACGAACAGCUUACAGACGGUAGGCAAUUAAGGUCACAGUUAUGAAAACUUAGGACACUAAAGAGGCCUUUCUACUGACUCUGAAAAACAUCAAAAGAAAGAUGCCCAGGGUCCCUGUGUGAACGUGCCUUAGGCAUGCUGCAAGGAGGCAUGAUGACUGCAGAUGUGGCCAGGGCAAGAAAUUACAAUUUCCGUACUGUGAGACGCCGAAGACAGCACUACAGGGAGACAGGGCGGACAGCUGAUCGUCCUCGCAGUGGCAGACCACGUGUAACAACACCUGCACAGGAUUGGUACAUUCGAACAUCACACCUGCGGGACAGGUACAGGAUGGCAACAACAACUGGCCAAGUUACACCAGGAACGCAUAAUCCCUCUAUCAGUGCUCAGACUGUCCGCAAUAGGCUGAGAGAGGCUGGACUGAGGGCUUGAAGGCCUGUUGUAAGGCAGGUCCUCACCAGACAUCACCGGCAACAACGGCGCCUAUGGGCACAAACCCACCGUCGCUGGACCAGACAGGACUGGCACAAAGUGCUCUUCACUGACGAUUGGUGGUUUUGUCUCACCAGGGGUGAUGGUCGGUUUAUCAUCGAAGGAUUGAGUAUUACACCGAGGCCUGUGCUCUGGAGCGGGAUUGAUUUGGAGGUGGAGGGUCCGUCAUGGUCUGGUGCGGUGUGUCAGCAUCAUCGGACUGAGCUUGUUGUCAUUGCAGGCAAUGUCAACGCUGUGCGUUACAGGGAAGACAUCCUCCUCCCUCAUGUGGUACCCUUCCUGUAGGUUCAUCCUGACAUGACCCUCAGCAUGACAAUGCCACCAGCCAUACUGCUCGUUCUGUGAGUGAUUUCCUGCAAGACAGGAAUGUCAGUGUUGGCCAGCGAAGAGCCCGGAUCUCAAUGGAUCGGAGGGUGAGGGCUAGGGCCAUUCCCCCCAGAAAUGUCCGGGAACUUGCAGGUGCCUUGGUGGAAGAGUGACGUAACAUCUCACAGCAAGAACUGGCAAAUCUGGUGCAGUCCAUGAGGAGGAGAUGCACUGCAGUACUUAAUGCAGCUGGUGGCCACACCAGAUACUGACUGUUACUUUUGAUUUUGACCCUCCCUUUGUUCAGGGACACAUUAUUCCAUUUCUGUUCGUCACAUGUCUGUGGAACUUGUUCAGUUUAUGUCUCAAUUGUUGAAUCUUGUUAUGUUCAUACACAUAUUUACACAUGUUAAGUUUGCUGAAAAAUAAAAAUGCAGUUGACAGUGAGAGGACGUUUCUUUUUUUUCUUUUUUUGCUGAGUUUAUAUGUACAUGCCAGCACACAUGUAGAAUAUGUAUUUCUGAGAAAUGUACUGUAUAAGAUGUUCAUAAUGUAUAUGAAGGACUAGGUUGCAUGAGCACAUAAAUGCAUCGUAGGGUGGCAGGUAUCCUAGCGGUUAAGAGCUUUUGAGCCAGUAACCGAAAAGUCGCUGGUUCGAAUCCCCAAGCCUAUUAGGUGUAAAAAUCUGUCAAUGUGCCCUUGCGCAAGGCACUUAACCCUGAUUGGUUCUGUAAGUUGCUCUGGAUAAGAGAGUCUGUUGAAUGACUAAAAAUGUCAAAUAAUUUGUAAUGGUCAUGUUAAUUGACUGAUAUUAUCUCAUAGAACAAAAUGUAGAAGAGCUCCUCAGCCUGUGUUAACCUCUGACCUUAUUUUCAUAGUUUAUUCCAGAACCCCAUUCUUUUCCACAUUAAUUUCCCAUAUAGAAAUGCCCAACAAACCAGAGGUAGAAAAUGCUAACACAUUUCUGCUUCUAUGACUACAAGCUGGUGCACUCUAUAGGCCAGAUGCAGAGAUAGAUAAUGGAUAAAUUCUUAUUUACAAUGAAAGACUAGGAACAGUGGGUUAACUGCCUUGUUCAGGGGCAGAACGACAGACCUUGUCAGCUCGGGGGUUUGAACUUGCAACCUUCCGGUUACUCUCUAACUACUAGGCUACCCUGCCACCCCAUUGACUGUGUAGAAAAACAGGGGACCCAUAGACUUUUGGAUUUGACCGCUUGUAUGUCAUUUUAUUUGUAGUUUGAGCACUUUUUAAUGGAAAAAUGUUGAUUCAGUAUUAGGUUUUUGAUGACUACAUUCCCUUACGAAUUGCCCAUUGAAUUGCUACAGUGGAUUGAAAUGUACAUCGGACUGAAUGGGAUACGAAGUUUACAGCAACACUGCAGUGCCAUAUUGUAAAAACAAAUGUUUUGUACUUUUGCAGGUAGAUAUAAUAUUGUUUUGUUACUAUCAGGAUUUUAUACAAUAUUUUGAAUUAGUCCGUGUGCAGAUAUGAACCAUGAGAUGUUAACACACAAUACUGUUCUGGACUCUUCUGUACAAGCUUCACCAAUGUCCACGUGUGGAAACAGUCAAUAAUCUGAUCAAACUAGAUUUGCACAUUUCUUGCCCUGAAUGCCUGCCUACACAGUCCAUGGUGCAAUGUCAACAAAGUGCUUUUUUUUGUGUUCGUUUUUUCCAUCUGUAGACAUAAAUCGAAUAUGAGAUGGAUUUAUUAUUUUUUUUGUGUGUGAAGUUAUACCCUUUACCAUAUCCUAUGCAGACCAGAUUAACAUUUGAUAUAUUCAUCUGUAUAAUAAUAAAAUGGUCAUUUCUA